GGGCGGCAUAUUUCUGUCUGCUCUACAUCACUUGUAUACAAUUGCCGGGUUUUAACAUCGACUUACAAUCAGGUAUAUACGGUAAUUCACAUCGCUGUGGUUCACCGGACGUAUAUAGACUGACACUAAGAAGAUUUGCAUAAACCUCUUCACAUUUCAGGAAGAUUGGAAGAUCACAUAUACACACAGGCCUGUGUACACAGCGAUUUACGCGUGAACUGUAUUCCUGGAGCCUUGACGUUCACCCAAGGAAGACCGGUUCGUCGGGUUGAGUCAUCUGUCAAUCAAAGGCGGUAGACACCUGAGACGUACGUGCGAUACCCGUGUCCGUGCUAACGAGCUACUUUCUCAGGUAACACAGGGCCAGUAUUUACCGUCACAGAGGUGCCCGUGGGUUUAUACUGGGAUAUCAUCAUGACUAUGGCAGAUUACGAAGACUGUGUUGAGGUAGAAGAGGAAGAAAUCGAGGCGACCGCCAAAGAACGGGUGUUCGACGUUGGGAACAGCGAGGUGGAGUUAGAAGACGUGGACGGGGAGGAAGACGAUUUCACUGGGGACCGGGAGGCGCUGGUCAACUUACUGAUUGAGAUCAACGAAAACCAGCCCGUAGAUCUGGACUUAGGGCAGGGACCCGAGGACGGGGAGGAGGUAGAAGAGGAGGAGAUAGAGCCCGUGUGUAAGGCCCGUGACCCUAGCAACGACCUCAUCUUCUCAGACAGUAUGAGGGACAGGACAGGGCUUAUAGGCGAUGACGAGUGGGAGGCGGUAGAGCCCGGGGGUGAGGACGAUGGGGAAUAAGUGAAGGCACCCCUUCAGGUAACCACAGGUAUUUAACAUUACUCCACAACCUGGGAGACAAUACCACGACCCCAUGACAGAAACCCCAUGUGUAAUCAUGCGGACAUCCACCCCCCACCCUCAUCACGACCUCUCCUACUUUUCCAGCUGCAGCUGUUGAUAGCAUGUAUU